CUUGAAUCCAACAGCGACGAGUUUGGUCUCUUUGACUGGAGUUGCAUUGAACAGUCUCUUUUGUUUCAAUCACAAAUCAUGGCAGGCAAACGCAAACCAGCGAAACCGGCGACCAAGCCAGCAGCGACCAGCAACAAUGCUAAUGCUAAUGCUGGCUCUGGAUCGGCUGCAGGAGCGAGUGCAGGUGGAGCGACGGGUGGUGCUGCACCACGCGGGACGGACGCCAAGCAGACCACGACGCCGACCGCCGCGCCACCCAAGACAAGCACUGCGAGUGCCAACAGCGCUACUGGUGCUGGUGCUGCUGGAGCUGGAGCUGGUGCCGGUGCUGCGAGCGGAGGCGCGGCUGGAGCGCAGAAGAGCAAGAACAAGAACAAGAACAAGAACAAGAAGCAGAGCGCAGGCGGACGAACGCCAUCUGCUGCUGCUGCAAGUGCUGCUGCUGCUGCAUCGAGCAAGUCAAAGAGCGCUGCUGCUGGUGGUGGUCGCGGCGGCGGCGGCGGCAGCAGCGGUCGAAAUCCCAUGGUCGAGCAGAUUGCUGCAAUGAUGGGCAUCGAUCUGGACGACAUCGCCGACGAGGAUCUCGAGGAUCUGCUUGCUCGUGGCAUGAAAGGCAUGAUGGCAGGCGGCGACGACGACGACGACGAUGACGACUACGAGGACGAGGACGGAGACCGAUAUGCAUUCGGAUUUGACGACGACGACUACGACGACGACGACGGCUUUGGCUAUGGCUACGACGACGACGACGACGAGGAUGAUGAGGACGGAGCACACGGCGCAGAGAACAAGAACCGACUGUACGAGUUGCUGGGGGUUGAGCGCGACGCCACCAUUGACCAAAUCCGAAAGAACUAUCGCAAGCUUGCGCUCAAAUACCACCCAGACCGUAAUCCAUCUCCCGAGGACGGCGAGAAGUUCAAGGAAAUCUCAGCUGCUUAUGAAGUCUUGUCCGACGAACAAAAGCGCGCUGCCUACGACCGGUAUGGCGAUGCCGCAAUGAAGGAGGGUCGUGGGCACGGACACCGCCACGGCGGUGGCAUGGACGAUUUGUUUGCGCACAUGUUCGGAGGCGGCGGCCCAGGUCGUCAAUCCGGUAUUCCGCGCACCGAGUCGCAACACCACGAGCUUCCAGUCACGCUUGAAGAUUUGUACUGCGGUACUUCUGCCAUGAUGGAAAUUUCUCGUCAGAUUCUGUGUACUGGCUGCAAAGGAUUGGGCGGUAAAGACGGCGCAGCUCCGACCAAGUGCAAGAGCUGCAAGGGCAAGGGAGUCCGAACCAUGCUUCACCACAUCGGUAUGGGCAUGGUUCAGCAAGUCCAGGUCGAGUGCGACGCGUGCGAGGGCGAGGGUGAAACUCUUGCGGCUGCAAAUCGAUGCAAGGUUUGCCGCGGCCAGAAGGUCACCACAGAGCGCAAGAACCUCGAAGUGCACGUCGACAAGGGCAUGCGUAACGGCCAAAAGAUUACCUUUACUGGUGAAGGAGAUCAGAUGCCCGGUGCAUUGCCUGGAGACGUCAUUAUCACACUGGAUCAGCUCAAGCAUCGUGAAUUUACCCGCGAGGAAGACAAUCUGGAUAUCAUGGUGACGAUCGGCCUGGCUGAGGCGUUGUGUGGUUAUUCCAAGCUGGUCAAGCAUUUGGAUGGCCGCAUGGUUCUGUUAAAAUCGGCUCCUGGCGCCGUGAUUGAGAAUGGCUCUCGACUUGUGGUGCCGAACGAAGGCAUGCCGCAAUACAAGAAUCCAUUUGACAAGGGCGAUCUCGUCGUUCAUUUCACAGUCACCUUCCCGAAGACGUUCCAAGUCUCGCUCGAGAACGUUAAGAUCUUGGAAAAGCUGCUUCCUGCCGCGACUGCGUUUAUUCCUCCCGCCGAUCCGGACAACGCGGAAGACGCCGAGUUGAUGGAUGUCGACCCCAAGCAGCGCCACAGCCGAACAAAGCACCGUGGCCAAGCGUACGAUGACGAGUGGGAAGACGAGGACGACGAAGGAGACGACGACGAUUAUUAUGAAGACGAGGAGGAUGAUGAUGAUCAUCAUGGCCAUAGCCAUUCGAAUGGCCAUGGGCACAGUCAUCGCGGCCAUGGUCACGGUCACGGUGGUCAUGGAGGUGCUCAGCAAAUCCCGUGCGCCCAGCAAUAAUACCGUAGCGCGUUAGUUGUUUCGAUGUGUGUGUUUCUGAGAGUUUGUACGAUAAAAAGUCCCAAUCGCGUGCAUA